AUGCAACAGUUGGAGGAGGAAAAUGCCGAAUUACGUGAAAAACUCGAAAAUUUGAGGUAUGGUUAAUAUAUUAUUGGCAGUGUUUGUGUUUAGGACUAAAAGAAAGGAAGAUUUGGCCAAACUCACUGAGUUCGAUAACUUGAGGAUUCAGUUUCAAACUCUGGUAGAGUACAAAAGUUCAGCGACGGAAGAAAUGCGGAAUUAUCGACGGAGGAUUGAGGAAACAGAAGCUGUAAGUGAUUUUACUUUAUAGCUUGAAGCUGCUGAUUACUUUAUAGUUCUAUCAAAAGUCUUUGGAAAGUUUUUAGAUAAAGACGAUUUAUGAAAUUCUUUUAGAGGUUAGCAGAAACGGAAAAAAGGCUAGAUGAAUCUUCGAUACCUUCAGAUUUAGAGAGUCAAUUGGAAAUGUUAACAUUGGAUAAAGAAUUGGCUGAGCAGAAGUUAGAAAGUGCUAUGAUUGAGCUUACCGAGAAGAAAACUAAAAUAGAGGAACUGGAAGUUGAGUUAGAGCUAUUGAAGACUUCGAUGGAGGAAGAAGUGUCAGCAGAUGGCGAAAUGGCUGUAAGUCACACUUUAAAAUGUGUAAAAUUGAUAUUGAUUUGGAAAAAAAUUUAGUUAGUAUAACAAUUCAAUCUAUUUAACGUUAUUUAUUUUUAGGGUAACAGUGUGCAAGUUCGUAAUCUGAACCAGCAAUUGGAGAAGUGUCAAGCUGUUAUCAUUCGGAUGAGGGACAUCGUUAACACCACCAAUAUGGAGAAGCAGUUUAUGCAACAGAACUUGGAAGAGUUCCAAAAGCAGUACGAGACUCUGCAGACUGACUUCGAGAAGAAGUCAACUGAGAUCUCUGGAGCUCGUGCCAUUAUCUCUGAUCUUCAAGAGCAAGUUGAUUCUGCCUUGGGCAGCACGAAGAUGGUAGAGCAUUUGACCGCUAGCAAUUUGGAUUUGGAAGAAAGGUUGAGGUAUGAGAUAUUUAAAUAAUUGGUCAAAAAGUUGAUGGAAUAGGAUAAUCUUAGCUUGUUAUGAGUACGUAAUGGGGUUGUUAGUGUCUUUUUGAUUGGUAUUGUGGAACAUGUUUUUGUGUUUAUAGGAAUGCCUUAACCGAGAAAGAACAUCUGUACGAGAUGUAUCUGCUAUCAGAAGACAUUGCCGCAGCUGCGAAGGAAGAAAUGCAACAGUCGAGGUUGGACAGUAACAGUUAUCUGCUCACUAUCAACGAAAGGGAUGAUCAGAUCUCUCAGUUGAAUAGCAGAAUUAACGACUACGAAAACGUGAUUCAGAAGUUCAGACAGAAGAUCUCGGAUCUUAACGAUGAUAUAGUGGGAUUCAAAGAUCAGGUAGAAUAUUCAACUUGUAUUUGGUGGUAUUAUUUUGGAUUUGUUAUGGUUUUUGUUUCUUACACUACUUAUGUGCGUCUCUUCAGGUUACUGUACUACAAGGGCAAAUGAAUAACAGGAGUGUGGAGGGCGGAUCUUUGGCUACUUUCAACGCUUCCAAAGACUUUAGUAAGGUAAGAGUUGUUACAAGUAUAUGGUUAAAAGUUUGUCAAACUGUAGUUUUAUCGAAAGUUCAAUGACAACUGUAAAACAUCGAAUUUAAAAUAUUUAUUGCCAAAAAACUUUAAUUUAGGUAGUUUCUGGCGAACUGGAUGCUCUGGAACUGAAGUAUUCGAACCAGUUGGCACACUAUUUGAAAGACUUUCUACCUGACAACUUCAACAGUGCUGGUGGAGACUACGAUUGCGUCUUGCUUACUGUAUUUUUCCCUAAAGUCGCGGAGAAAGCAGAACUUUUGGUAAAGUUGUUGGCUGAUAAGUAUCCCGAGGUCACAAAUCUUACUCAAGAACAUGUUACGAUGUCACACAAGGGAGAACAGUGGGCUCAUGUCAGAAGGUUCAAUUAUCAGUUGCUUAGAGCUAGUGGCGUUAUGUGGAGAUUCGAAUCGUAUGUUUUCUGGUGGUGUACUUCGAUAUAUACAGGUGUCUUGGAGUAAACAACUUUAUUUGUAGAGUGACCAAAACGUGCACACCAGAAAGUCUUCAGCGUUUGGCAAUGCAACGAACUGAGAUCACAAGUCAAGAAAAAGUAAUCGACCAGUACUUUGAUCUUCUGAAGCAGCAAAAGUUCGACGAGAAUACUUCUUGUGACAUUCUGGAGCAUUGUGUUAAUACCCUCAACAAGAUCUUCAUCAUCAACUUGAGUGCUUCUGAUUUCGAUGCUUGUGCUGCUCUGCACAAUUACCUACAUCAACUUAAGGCGGCUUUGGCAUGGGCUGAGUUCAAUUGCCUCAGACUGAAACUGUUUUUAUUGCCGGAACAUUCGGGAGAGAACGAUUUCACAGAAUAUCUGGAUAACUUGAUUGAUGUGAUAAAGGAGUCUUCUUCCACGAUCAACAAGACCAAGAAGUUCAUACCUCAAGACAAGACUAUCGAUUGGAGCCACGAUGUGCAGGAUACGAUAACAUGUCUGGAGACAUUGGUAGAUAAGGUUGCUAAGAUCCUACACGAAUCAGCUGGACUGGCUUGCUCUCAGUUGACUACCAAUGGUAAGUUACAGUAAUUUGAUCUAAUGUAAUGUUAUUAUAGCUGUUAGACAAACCGAAGGUGAGUUAAUGGAAUGCUUACUGUAAGCUUACUAGUUUUGUAAUAUUAAAAUCAUUUAUGCUUAAAAAUUUACAUAAUAUUUGGGUUAACAAUCUGUUUUUAUCUUCGAGUUGAAUGGGUGACUUUUGUUGCUUUAUGUGCUGAAGGAUACUGUAUCCACCUUGUAAUCUUAUUGUAGAGCUUCCAUUGGCCACUUCGGUUUAUGUUUCAGCUUGUGGCCAUGAUCAGUGGUCAGUUUGAUCACAAACUAACGUUAAAAUAGCAUAUUUGAAGUAAUUUCAGUACUUUGUGAUUAAACUGCUACAUCAAAUUUGUGUUAAUCUGUCGUGUGCUUAACACCUUUGUUAACCAUUACAAACUCCUUUCCAGAUGUCCAAGGUUUCUCUAUCAUCGAAAUGAAGGAGUUCAUCCAGAGCAAGGUGGAGAAGAUGAUAAAACAACAGAAGAACAUCCCAGAUGCUCUCCACGAGGUAACGGCCACUCUCACCACCUUCAAACAGACGUUAGAAGAUCUGUCGUAUAAACUCGAGAAAAAGGAAUUUGAAAAAGCAUUGCCUCCGGCCAGGAAAUGCACACCGCUCAAGGAUCGUGCAGAAGGCCGAAGACAAGAUGUUGUUGAUGUCGAGAGUCUACGGUGGCAGCUUCAGAAGAAGGACGAGGAAUACAAACGGGUUUGUCAAGCUUACAAGGCUUCAGAAGACGCUGUUUCAACCUAUAAGGUGGGUAUUUGCAUUCGAUAUUUUUUUGCGAUAAAAAUAUCGUAGUAUUACUUUUGUCAUUUUAUGUGAUUUAUAUGUGAGUAUAUUGCAGAUUCAAUUGGAACGCGAGAAGAAGAGGCUGAUUGAAAGUGGAAAACCAGAGAAUAUUCUGAUUCCAGCUGACAAAUUGGAAGAAGCCAUCAAGUCGGAGACAGGGUAAGAUACAACGAGGAUCAAGUGACAAUUGCUCGUUUUUUAAAUCUAUAUUAACCAAAUACGAGAGAGCAGUUUUUAAAAUUAUGACAAUUUAAAUUUAGCAAAAUCCACGUUGAACUAGAAGAAGCCAAGACUCAGCUGAAGGAGGCCGAACUGGCCAGAGACAAGCUGAAGAAGGAACUUGAAUUGGAAAAAAAGGGCAAGCUCAGCUCCCCGUUGAUGAUGGAUCUCGGAAACUCUGGACUUAAAUUGGAAGGAGAACAAAUGGAUGUAGUUCAGCUGAAGAACUCAUUAAUCUGGACCCAAGACAAGGUCAGAAGGCUACAAGCAGAACUCUCGGCUUCCGUUUUGUCAUCUUUGAAGCCAUUGAAGUGUCCUGACAGAGUUUGCGGCAGAAUUAGUUUGGCCGACAAUAAUGAGAACAGUAUCAAAAAUACGAUCAACUCAUUCUUAACCGAAGCUGACAUAUUAUCCAUGGUAAGGAUGAAGAAAUUUAUCUUUUGGUUAAAGAAUUAUGAGUGGAAGUAAAAUAUUAAACUGAUUCUUUUUAGGAGUACAAGAAGCUGACUUCUGUUAAUGUCAAGGAUCAAGGCUCGCUCUACCGUAGGAAUGUUGUUGAAUACAAUAACAGAGUAAACGACGUAAGGAUUGAUUUUGGUCAAGAGUCUGUUACGUAUUGUUAAUUAGGCGAACUCAUUUUGAAAUUAGUGAUGAUUACUGUAAUGUUUGUGUUUUAGCUGCGAUUCCGUUUGCGAUCGUUGUGGGAGAAGAAGAUGCCUCAAUCCCAAAUGCCAAUUGUCUUGCAGGACAUUGAGAUUGAAGUACCGAAGAAGAAAAAGACUUUAGACUCUUCUGGUUUUGCAUCAGCAUUGGCAGAAUGCAAAAAACUGAACGAGGAGCGUAGCCAGUGCUUCAGGGAGAUUCUGUCCGUCUUCAACUAA